UCUCGCAAACCAAACUGCCAGCCUAGUUCUGCUAGCUUCACCCUAUAAAAACCAGGCGCUGUCUUUCCAGUCUUGCUUUCUCCUUCCUUCCUUCCUUUCUCCCCUGAACUGUACUCCUGCACAGCUGCUGCACUGCACCGGCCGGUAUUAUACGACCUCAGGUCAAGCCAGUAAAGAUUCAGAGUUCGGUAAUCGGUAGUGCAUUUAUUAGUACAUAAUGCAGCCAGCGAACUGCGUGAGCCUGCUGCUCCUGCUGGCCGUCCUCCUCUUGGCUGCGCUCGGCCCCUUCGCCGCCGCUGCACACAGAUCAGAGUUGGUAAUGGCGGCCGCCGGCGACAGGAUGGAAACAACGGCAGCGGCGGAGAAGGGUUCAGAGGAGAGCGCGACGACGUACAGGAGGAGCCUCCUCGCCGUGCACUUCAGAACAAGAAAGGUUCCUUCGGACCCCAAGAACUGGCUCGACGGCCGCGUGGCCUUCACCGCCGAUUACCACGCCGUCCAGAGGCACCCGUCCAAGCACAACUAGUCAACUAGUCCUUUCGAUGGACGUACCAAGCUGCAUUGGCUGGAUAGCGGGCGUGCUUCGCUUGGUUGCUUGGAAAUACAGUAGCUAUAGUUCUGGUUUUCUUUAACAUUUUCUCGAGAGGAUCCUCUGUUUUCUUUGUCAGUUCUAGGUAGUACCGUCAGCUAUGGCUUUGCUGACAUUUUGUUAGUUACAGUACUUCCUACAUCCUCCUAGUAAUGACAUACUAGUGUCUAGUAGUACUAGUACUACACAUGCUGUUAUAUGUACCGUUUUGUAUGCAUCUGAUUGGUACAGGUAAUCCUCAAAACAAAGCAGUGCCAAAUGCCCUAUA